AUGGCGUUUAUUAAAGAGGAGAGUGAAGAUGUGAAGAUUGAAGAAACAUUCACAGUCAAACAGGAAGAUCUGCAGGAACAAACAGACCUAAUUGAAGAGAUUAAGGUGGAUAAAGAGGAACAACAUCAUGUCAAAAUUGAGGAAAAAACUCAUUUACAGACUGAUGGUAUUUUGAAAAGGAGAGACAAGAAUCGUUUCACCUGCACUCAGUGUGGAAAGAGUUUUGAAAAACAAAGCUAUCUUAAAAUUCACAUGAGGAUCCACACUGGAGAGAAACCAUUUACAUGCACUCAGUGUGGGAAGAGUUUUAACUGCUCAUCACACCUUAAACUACACAUGAGGAUUCACACUGGAGAGAAACCAUACACAUGCACUCAGUGUGGGAAGAGAUUCAUCCGCUCAUUCUCCCUUAAUAAACACAUGAUGAUCCACACUGGAGAGAAACCAUUUACAUGCACUCAGUGUGGGAAGAGUUUCAGGCAAUCAUCAUCCCUUAAUAAACACAUGAUGAUCCACACUGGAGAGAAACCAUUCACGUGCACUCAGUGUGGGAAGAGAUUCAUCCGCUCAUCAUCCCUUAAUCUACACAUGAGGAUCCACACUGGAGAGAAACCAUUUACAUGCACUCAGUGUGGGAAGAGUUUCAGCCAAUCAUCAACCCUUAAUAAACACAUGAUGAUCCACACUGGAGAGAAACCAUACACAUGCACUCAGUGUGAAAAGAGUUUCAGCUACUCAUCACACCUUUAUCUACACAUAAGAAUCCACACUGGAGAGAAACCAUUCGCAUGCACUCUGUGUGGGAAGAGUUUCAGCUGCUCAUCAUCCCUUAAUCAACACAUCAGGAUCCACACUGGAGAGAAACCAUUCACAUGCACUCAGUGUGGGAAGAGUUUCAGCCGCUCAUCAUCCCUUAAUCAACACAUGAGGGUCCACACUGGAGAGAAACCAUUCACAUGCACUCAUUGUGGGAAGAGUUUCAGCCGACCAUGUUCAGUUUUCAGAAUUCACAUGAGGAUCCACACUGGAGAGAAACCAUUCACAUGCACUCAGUGUGGGAAGAGUUUCAACCAAUCAUCAUCCCUUAAUAAACACAUAAAAAUCCACACUGGAGAGAAACCAUUCACAUGCACUCAGUGUGGGAAGAGUUUCAACCAACCAUCACACCUUAACAAUCACAUGAAAAUCCACACUGGAGAAAAACCAUUCACAUGCACUCAAUGUGGGAAAAGUUUUAACCGCUCAUCAAACCUUUAUCAACAUAUGAGGAUUCACACUGGAGAGAAACCUUUCACAUGUGUUGAGUGUGGAAAGAGUUUUAACUGCUCAUCAAACCUUGAUAAACACAUGAGGAACCACACUGGAGAGAAACCAUUCACAUGUGUUCAGUGUGGGAAGAGUUUCAACUUCUCAUCAAACCUUUAUCAACACAUGAUGAUCCAUACUGGAGAGAGACCAUUCACAUGCACUCAGUGUGGGAAGAGUUUCAGCCAAUCAUCACACUUUAAUCAACACAUGAGGAACCACACUGGAGAGAAACCAUUCACAUGCACUCAGUGUGGGAAGAGUUUUAACUGCUCAUCAUACCUUAAUAUCCACAUAAGGAUCCACACUGGAGAGAAAUCAUUUACAUGCACUCAGUGUGGGAAGAGUUUUAACUUUUCAUCAAACCUUCAUCAACACAUGAGGAUCCACACUGGAGAGAAACCAUUCACAUGCCCUCAGUGUGGGAAGAGUUUCAUCCAAUCAUCAUCCCUUAAUCGACACAUCAUGAGCCACCGGAUCCACACUGGAGAGAAACCAUUCGCAUGCACUCAGUGUGGGAAGAGUUUCAGCCACUCAUCAUACCUUAAUCUACACAUGAGGAUUCACACUGGAGAGAAACCAUUAACAUGCCCUCAGUGUGGGAAGAGUUUUAGCAAAUCAUCGUCGCUUUAUAGACACAUGAGGAUCCACACCGGAGAAAAACCAUUCACUUGCACUAAGUGUGGGAAGAGUUUCUGCGAUUCAUCAUACGUUAAAAAACACCUGAGGAUCCACACCGGAGAAAAACCGUUCACUUGCACUCAGUGUGGGAAGAGUUUCAGCCACUCAUCAUCCCUUAAUCUACACAUGAGGAUCCACACUGAAGAGAAACCAUGCACAUGCACUCAGUGUGGGAAGAGUUUUAGCCAAUUAUCAUCCCUUAAAAACCACAAGAAAAUUCACACUGGUGUGAGAGAGCAUAUGUGCUUGGAGUGUGAGAAGACUUUUAUUACAGCUGUAGAAUUGAAACGGCACCAGAGGAUUCACACUGGAGAAAAACCGUACAAGUGUUCACACUGCAGUAAGAGGUUUACUCACUCAGGAACCCUGAAAAGACAUCAAAGGAUUCACACUGGAGAUAAACUCUUUGAAUGUAAAUAUUGUGGAAAGAGUUUUGGAAGAAAAGGCAAUCUUAAGAUUCACAUGAUGAUCCACACUGGAGAGAAACCAUUCACAUGCACUCAGUGUGGGAAGAGUUUCAGCCAAUCAUCACACCUUAAUCUACACAUGAUGAUCCACACUGGAGAGAAACCAUUCACAUGCCCUCACUGUGGGAAGAGUUUCAGCUUAUCGUCGUCCCGUAAUCUACACAUGAGGAUCCACACUGGAGAGAAACCAUUCACAUGCACUCAAUGUGGGAAGAGUUUCAGCCUAUUAUCAUCCCUUAAUCGACACAUGAUGAUCCACACUGGAGAGAAACCAUUCACAUGCACUCAGUGUGGGAAGAGUUUCAGCACCUCAUCACACCUUAAUUACCACACGAGGGUCCACACUGGAGAGAAACCAUUCACAUGCACUCAGUGUGAGAAGAGUUUUAGCAGCUCAUCACACCUUAAUUACCACACGAGGGUCCACACUGGAGAGAAACCAUUCACAUGCACUCAGUGUGGGAAGAGUUUUAGCAGCUCAUCACACCUUAAUUACCACAUGAGGGUCCACACUGGAGAGAAACCAUUCACAUGCACUCAGUGUGGGAAGAGUUUUUGCUACUCAUCAUCCCUUAAUCAACACAUGAGGAUCCACACUGGAGAGAAACCAUUCACAUGUACUCAGUGUGGGAAGAGUUUUAGCUGCUUAUCACACCUUAAACAUCACAUGAGGAUCCACACUGGAGAGAAACCAUUCACAUGCACCCAGUGUGGGAAGAGUUUCAGCAAAUCAUCACACUUUAAUAACCACAUGAGAAUCCACACUGGAGAGAAACCAUUCACAUGCACUCAAUGUUGGAAGAGUUUCAGCCGCUCAUCAUACCUUAAUCAACACAUGAGGAUCCACACUGGAGAGAAACCAUUCACAUGCCCUCAGUGUGGGAAGAGUUUCAGCAAAUCAUCAAACUUUAAUGUACACAUGAGGAUCCACACUGGAGAGAAACCAUUCAAAUGCACUCAGUGUGGAAAAAGUUUCAGCCUAUCAUCACACCUUAAUCACCACAUGAGAAUCCACUCUGGAGAGAAACCAUUCACAUGCACUCAGUGUGGGAAGAGUUUCAGCAAAUCAUCAAACUUAAAUCUACACAUGAUGAUCCACACUGGAGAGAAACCAUUCAAAUGCACUCAGUGUGGGAAGAGUUUCAGCCAAUCAUCACACCUUGAUCACCACAUGAGAAUACACUCUGGAGAGAAACCAUUCAAAUGCACUCAGUGUGGGAAGAGUUUCAGCCAAUCAUCAAACCUUAAUCAACACAUGAAGACCCACACUGGAGAGAAACCAUUCACAUGCACUCAGUGUGGGAAGAGUUUCAGCCGCUCAUCAUACCUUAAUCAACACAUGAAGAUCCACACUGGAAAGAAACCAUUCACAUGCCCUCAGUGUGGGAAGAGUUUUUACUGCUCAUCACACCUUAAUCAACACAUGAGGAUCCACACUGGAGAGAAACCAUUCACAUGCCCUCAGUGUGGGAAAAGUUUCAGCCAAUCAUCACACCUUAAUCCACACAUGAUGAUCCACACUGGAGAGAAACCAUUCACAUGCACUGAGUGUGGAAAGAGUUUCAGCCGAUCAUCAUCCCUUAAUAAACACAUGAGGAUCCACACUGGAGAGAAACCAUUCACUUGCACUCAGUGUGGGAAGAGUUUCAGCCAAUCAUCAUCCCUUAAUCUACACAUGAUGAGCCACACUAGAGUAAAAACCAUUCACCUGCACUUAAACUGCAGUCACACUGGACUUUUCUCCCCAUAGACUUCCAUUCAUACGCACGCAAAUGUGUCAGACCGGAAAAUCAAGUUCGUGCGUCAAGUUUUGCAGUUCACUGCUUUGCAAAGUUCAAGCUUGGUGAACUCUGACCUGCAAAAUCGUAUCACUUAACUGUGUGAGACCAAUCGUAGAUCAAAACAUGACCUCUCUUGACAGAAGUUUAAAAUAUUGACCAAUCGCUCACUUUUUAAUGUCUAAUCAUUUUGUUUAGUCCUGCCCCUUUUUGCAGCGCUGUACAACAGAAUUUUGCAUGCUCAAACUCUAGUGUGACCACAGCUACAAUGUGGGAUGAGUUUCAGCAACUACUCAUACCUUAAUAAACACAUAAAGACCUACACUGGAGAGAAACCAUUUACCAGAAAUGGGGGACUCGAGUCAGAUGACUUGACUUGAGUCAGACUUAAGUCACAAAAUUUAGGACUUGAGACUUACUUGAUAAAUAUCCAAUAAAGACUCGACUUGACUUGGACUUGGCUGUCAUGACUCGAGACUUGACUUUGACUUGAGUUAAAUGACAAGUUAAAGUUAAAUGUUUUUGUUAAAUACACAACCGUUUGUUAUAUAUUAUGCGUUUAAAAACAAAGCAAAACCGAAAGUUCUAAGUCACACAUGCGCAGUAUUAACUAGAUCUGGACUGAAUCGUUUGGUUCAGAAGAACCGCUUUAAAUUAUUCAAUUUAUCGAUUCAUUUGCUAUUCAGCCAUCAGAUACGAUGAAAAAUGGAAGGCGCUUCACCAAAGAUAAAAGCCUAUUUUACGGGUUUAAAGAUUACAAACAAAACGGCUAAUCAAAGUUUAUACUAUUUAGUCUGACUCAGUGCUUGCCACACUUCGGUGCCUUGCCUAUUUUGUCAUGUGCGCGCAGUGCCAGUGCUCUGAGCCGUGCAUCCGAUGUGUGACGCGCUUAAGAAGCAUAAAGGGGUGCAUUAAAGACACAUGAGUAAGCGUUGUGUCACAGUCACACCAUCUCUAAAUGUUUAAUUCUAAACAGCUUUGAGGAGUACGGAUGUCAGUUGUUUGUUAUUGUAGCUUAGAAGGCAAAGCGAGCACUGCGGCGCAUGCAGUGAGCGACUCACUUCAUCAACACUCAUGAUCGCAUUCAUCUAAUUUGCUUAAACUAAGUAUUCUACAGUAUGGCUAUAUUUUACAAGCAAGGAUUCUGACACACCAACAUGCAGCAGAUGUUACAAAAGUUGCGUGUAAGGGAGAAACACAUCAAACUUAUCAAAUGUGUAGGCUCAUUGAAUAACCUCAAAGGUGAGGAAUGGACUGUCUUUGACAGCUUGUGACAUCAUCUGGCACAUUAUCUGAGUACGUUUACAUGGACACUAAUAUUCUGAUUUUAAUAUGAUUAAGACACAACUCUGAUCAAGAGUCUACCAUGUAAACAGUGAUUUUUUAACAUCUUAAAGGACCGCAGACACAAACUGCGGAGGAAACAUUUAUAGGCUGGUGACACAAUGACGUUGAUGGAUGUAUGUGCUAUAACAUGUAACUGGGAAUCAUGAAUGUAACAUUCAAAAAGCAAUUCAUGUAAACACCUGAAUCAUAUUAUUGUCUUAUUCAGAUUAAGGCAAAUCAUUAGAUCAUUGAUGUCCAUGUAAAAGUAGUCAGAAGUCCCAAACCCAGAAAAAAAUGUGCUUCUGAUUUUGAUUACAGCCUUUCCACAGUUUAGUAGUAAGCUAAUGUAACGUUUACAGCAUAAUGCAAAUCUUGCAUU